UGAAGAAAUAUUCAACUUCUAAACAAACCCCCAAACUCAAAUCAUUACAAAUUCCCCAAUUUAGUAACACCUAAAUGCUAAAAUCAGACACUGGAUAAACUUUCACCAACAUGAACAUUAUUCUCACAACUACUCAUUUACCCUUUAAUUCUAUUUCAGAUAAACCGCAAAAGUUCCCCAAAUUUUACACCCCUUGUUCAUGUCCAGCAUUUCAAGUUCAAUGUUGUUCUUCAUCAGGUUCAGAGUUAACAUUAACCACCGGGACAGUUGGAAAGGAUGAUUCGUUGACGGGUGGUGCGUAUGAUUUUAGUAAAGCAACGACUUCUCUUACACGAAAGUUAUUGUCAUCUCCGAAGAAAGUGACUCUUGUAAGGCAUGGAUUAAGUACAUGGAACGAUGAAAAGCGAGUUCAGGGCAGCUCAAACUUGUCAAUCUUGACAGAAACCGGAAUUAUGCAAGCAGAAAAAUGCAAGAAAGCUUUGGUGGAUAUACGCUUUGAUCAGUGUUUUUCUAGUCCAAUUUCUCGUGCCAAGACAACUGCUGAAAUCUUGUGGUCUGAGAGGGAAGAGCCUGUGAUCUUUCUUGAUUCCCUGAAGGAGGCACACCUAUUCCACCUUGAAGGCAUGAAAAAUGUGGAGGCUAUGCAAAGAUAUCCGAAGGACCACACAGCGUGGAGAGAAGAUCCUUCCAAUUUCAAUGUAAACGGUGUUUAUCCUCUUAGACAAGUAUGGGAUGCUGCAAGUGUAGCUUGGAAGCAAAUCUUGUUUACACCCGGGGAAAAUUUUCUUGUAGUGACCCAUAAAUCAAUAUUGCGGGCGCUAAUCUGCACGGCUCUUGGACUAGGCCCGGAGAGGUUCAGAGCAUUUGAUGUGAAUAAUGGUGGAAUAACGGUGUUCAAGUUCAAUGUGGAAGGUGAAGCCAUGCUUCAAUCUUUGAACAUGACAGCUCAUAUGUACACAGAUCACACUUAUAUUUAUUAACAAGCUUUUUUUAUAUAUCAUGAAUAUGACCUACGGAUUGAAUCCGUCAGUACUCAGUAGUUGUGGUCUUUCUACCCGCCCUGGCACGCCGACAUGAAAAGGGGCGUGCGUGGGGUUGUAAUUGGACCAAACCCGAACCCAAA